AUGGACGCCUUACGUUCUCUGAAGGAAGCGAUAAUAGUUUAUUUAGAUAGAAGUGGUGGGUUACGUAAAUUCAUCAAAGACUGCAAUGACUUUAAAGGUGCACAGCAGAUGGAGGCCGUAUAUCGCUUCAGUUUCGAUGUGAAUCCCUCAGAUGUCCUUCAACUGGACGCUUUACUGGGAGACUGUAUACUACACGACCCUAUCAAAGCAGUUUCACUCUUUCAGUCAGUUUGUUUUCUGUCCAUUAAGACCCUGUCACUUAUUGACCACAUAGAAACAGAAAGCCAGGUUAAUGUCGUUUUAAAGCCAACCCACUUGCCACCUUUUCCCAACUAUUGUUUGGACCUCUCUGAGUUUCCCCGUGGGUAUGGCCCAAUGAGACCUUUAGCUUUGGAGGGCCUCGUAAUUGCCAUGACACGUGUCACCAAAUACACACAAGGGGCCAGAUUUCUCUGCUCAGAAGACGCAUGCCCUUGCUCCAGAGGGUUUCAUCAUAUCAGAGUUCAUGCACCAGGUGCCACAGAGUCUGCCACAGUCAGGAAUGACUUUACCUGCUUUCUCUGCUUUUCUCCACUGAAGGAGGAUGUGAAGUCUCGGGUUUUAGGAGAUAAGCAGCUAGUUGAGCUCAUUCAUGUCAGAGCAGUAGAUGUUUUAGGAGUUCACGAUGCUGCAUCCCUAAGAUAUCAAUCUGUCACCCUUUUUCUAAGAGAUGAACUCUGUAACUCCAUGAGAAUCGGCCAUCUGUACCGAGUUGUUGGGAUUCCUGCUCAUGUGCACCAGUGGCCUAAUGUAACCUGGAGCGUAGAGGCUUGCAGCGUCCAACCAUGGAUCCCCAAAUGCCCCAGUCUGGUUAGCAACAACUUCCAGAACCUGCAUACGGCCUCGGCAUGUUCCCCAUGGAGAUUUGCUGCCAUUGUAGCCAACUCAUUCGGCUCCCCGGUGAUCCCACCUGGACUCUACAACACAUUAAAGCUGGGGCUUCUACUUAGCUUGGUGCAAACUGAAGAUAACACAGACUCUCCCAAUCAUCUGGAUGUGCUCACUCUCACCAGUGACACCCUUAUCAUUGACAGGUUGAUGAGAUAUAGCCUGCAGUUGGCCUCGCGUGGCAUUCAUCAUGCACUGACAGGAGAGCUGUUAGCAUCUCUAUCUAGAGAUGAACAUGGAGCAAGUACUGCCAACGUUCAUGCAGGUUCUGCUUUGCUGGCAUCUGGAGGAGUCUGUCUGCUAGGAGACCUUACAUGCUACAAGAAAGACAAGAUAGACAUGCUUCAGUCUGCUCUGGAAAGCAGAACAGCGUCUGUUUUCAUUCCUGCGAAGAAAUAUGGUGAUGAUACAGACCAGCAGCUCUCUUUCCCCAUCCAGUGUAACUUCUGGGCUUUAGUUGACAUUGCUUCCCCCUCCAAGAGGACAGCCAGAUGUGAUAACGCGCUGCUGGGUUCUGGGGAAAUGGGCUCAGUUCCCCUUCAGCUUACAGGAGCAUUUGGACUUCUAGUCCAGUGUCGCGAAACAAGCAACAAUCAUCCAAUCUUAUCCAUGACAGUGCACACACUGAGACAGGCUAUGUCGCCAGGAGAGCCUCUUUAUCCAGCGUGCAUGCAGUUUACUACACAAGACUACAAAGAGCUCUUGGCUCAUGUAAGACAAUUGAAAGUGGACUUGAGUCUUGAUGCUGAAAGGAUGAUCCAUGGCUAUUACAUGGCCAGUCGCAGGGUUCGCUCAGACUCAACACAGAGAUCCUCAGUAACUUCUAUUAAACUCCUGAUUGCACUGGCCCAAGCUCAUGCUAAACUCAGUCUGAGAACAGAAGUUUUGGAGGAAGAUGCAGUCAUUGCAGUACUGCUGUGUGAGAGUUCAGUCACCAUAAAACAUGGGGCCUCUGCACUCGUCUUUCCACCCGAUGCAGUGUUUCCCUGUGCUCUCCAUGACCUGGACUCCUUGAACCAGCGGGACCUUGUGUUGGAGGAACAUCGCAAGCAGAUCCUGAAUUUUGUGCACACCUACGCAACCCACAUAGAGGAAUAA